CCCAGCCGCCGGUGCCGCCCCCGCUGCGGCGGGCGAGGGGCGGGGCGGGGCGCGGCAUAUAUAAGGCGAGGGGCGGGCGCCGCUCUUUUGUCUCUUGCUGCAGCGACGCGAGUCAGAGCACCGGAGCCGCGGGCUUGGAGCGGAACUUUUCGGUUUGUCUUAAGAAAAUGGCAGACAAGCCGGACAUGGGGGAAAUCGCCAGCUUCGAUAAGGCCAAGCUGAAGAAGACGGAGACGCAGGAGAAGAACACCCUGCCAACCAAAGAGACCAUUGAGCAGGAGAAGCAAGCGAAGUGAAAUUUCCUAAGAACCUGGAGUAUUCUCCACCUCCAUCAUCUUGGAGACCCUAGUCGUGAUGUGGAGGAAGAGCCACCUGCAAGAUGGACACGAGCGACAAGCUGCACUGUGAACCCGGGCACUCCGUGCCGAUGCCACCGGCCUGUGGGUCUCUGAAGGGACCCUCCAAUCGGACUGCCAAAUUAUCCGGUUUGCCCUGGGAUAUUAUAGAAAAUUAUUUGUAUGAUUAAUGAAAAUAAAACACACCUCGUGGCA